AUUUCUCUCCCCAAAAUACCCCCCCGCCUUAAACCCUCCGCCUCCGCCGCCGCCGGCCGGCCACCGCCAUGCGCCGCUUCGUCGGGGCCCUCCGCCCGCUCCGCGCCGUCGUCCUGAGCCCCUUCCCGACGCCCCUCCGCGCCCUCUCCACCGCCUCGGCAUCAUCUACCUCCUCUUCCUCCGCCGCCGCCUCAUCAUCGGACUCCGACUCCGCGGCGGCGGCGGCUGCCGACUUCGACAGCUCGGAGUUCGCGCUGCCGCCAUCCGGGCCAGCCUCGCAGGCGCGUAACCCGGUCUCCGCGCUCCGGAAGCUCCGGUUCGACCCCUCCCUCCGCGCGCGCGCCGACGAGGCGCUCUUCGGGAAGGAAGGGGAUGGAAGGGGUGGUGGUGGUGGUGGGAUGGUCGAGGCGGUGGAGGAGGAGGAGCGGUCGCGGGAGGUGGCGCUGGCCCUGCUCGAGGCCGCGCUCGAGCCGCCCGACGAGGACGACGACGUGGGCCCCGGCGAGGUCAGGGAGGAGGACCAGAUGUCGCUGUCGGUCGGCAUCGUCGGCGCCCCAAACGCCGGCAAGUCCUCGCUCACCAACACCAUGGUGGGAAGAAAAGUGGCUGCAGUGUCCCGCAAGACAAAUACUACAACUCAUGAAAUUUUGGGCGUGCUGACAAAAGGGAAAACUCAAAUAUGCUUUUUUGACACCCCAGGGCUCAUGUUAGGCCACCAUGGAUUGCCUCAUAGGGAUGUCACAGUUCGUGUAGAGAGUGCCUGGAGCUCAAUUAACCUUUAUGAUUUAUUAAUAGUCAUGUUUGAUGUCAACAGGCAUCUUAAAACCCCUGAUUCGCGAGUAAUAAAGUUAAUCAAACGACUGGGUGCUGAGGUAAACCCAAAUCAGAAGCGUAUAUUAUGCAUGAAUAAGGUUGACCUUGUGGAAGACAAAAAAGACUUGCUUAAAGUUGCAAAGGAAUUUGAAGAUCUUCCUGGAUUUGAAAGGUACUUCAUGGUAUCUGGACUAAAAGGCAAAGGGGUGAAAGACCUUGUACAGUUCUUAAUGGAACAGGCAGUGAGAAGACCUUGGGAUGAGGAACCAACUACAAUGACUGAAGAGGUCAUGAAAACUAUCUCGUUGGAGGUUGUGCGGGAGAAGAUGCUGAACCACAUUCACCAAGAAAUUCCUUACGUAAUUGACCAUCGUCUUAUGGACUGGAAGGAGCUAAAAGAUGGUUCUCUUAGGGUGGAACAGCACUUCAUUGCACCAAAGCAAAGCCAACGCCAAAUUCUUGUUGGGAAAAAUGGCUCCAAGAUUGGGAGAAUUGGUAUCGAAGCUAAUGAAGAAUUAAGGUCCAUAUUCAAGCGAGAUGUCCAUCUGAUCCUCCAAGUUAGAGUUGCUAAAAAGAGGAAUGCAUAAACAGAUUUUCAAGCUCCUGUAUAGACAACCAUUUCCCAAUUUGGGAAUAUAAUUGUGGAGUUUGCAGAAUGCCCAUUCAUGUGACAAUAUCAAUCUGGCAAAUGCUUGGAUUCAGGGGUUGAUGACUAUUUUAAAUUAAUAGCAUCUUCGGCAAAUCAAGAUGCCCAAGCAUUUGAAUCAUGAGCAGCGGUUCCGGAUGAUGAACUGAACUGCUUGGUAAUGUUCGCGGCAAUGUUGCAGUGGUAAAGAAAUGGCUUGUCAAGUGUUGUGAGCUGCACACCCCGAGUAUGUUAUUUGUGUUGAUAUAAAGAUAUCUGGACUAGACUACUGAGAUCAAUUCUUUUAGUUCAAAUAAGUUACCUUAGCCUGUAUCUUGAAAGAUGACUGAUGCACUGUUGUGACCUAACAGUAACUAACAAAGAAAUGGCAUUGUAUGGAUGAUGAUC